AUGCGGUCCGGUCCCAAGGGUGUCCACUUGGCAUUUUCCAUUGGAUCUAGCCUAAUCAGAUGGCUUUAAGUUUGAACUUUGAAGGUCAAUACGUUUGAUGGUUUUUAGUAUUGCCAUUAAAAAAUAUGUUGGUCAAAAUACAUGUUAAGAUGAUCACUUUUGUAAUAUAGCUCUUAAAAGUUAAGACACACUUCAGCAAUUCAAGUCAAGGUGUUUGUUUUCAUCAGCUACUUGACCUGUUUUUGACACCCCCUCCCUCUGUCUUUUCAGCCACCUCGGAGUGGAUCCAGUUCUUCAAGGAUGCUGGGAUCCCUGCUGGUCUGGCUGUCAACUAUGCCGUGUCUUUUGUGGACAACAGGUAAUAAAGGCCAUCUUAACUCCUUGGCCUGGAACAGUUUACCUCAAAAUGAAAGAUUGUCAGGCAUUUUUAUUUGAUUAUUGGUAUCCAAGUCAUGAAUAAUUACCAUCAAUUUAGAACAAAUUCUCGUCCAUUCUUUUAUUAGUAGGAAUGAAAUAUUUAUCUCGCUCUUCCCCCCCCUCUCGUGCGCUCUCUCUCUCUGCAGGAUCCAGAAGAACAUGCUGAUGGACCUCAGUAAGGAGAUCAUGAUGGACCUGGGCAUCACUGUCAUCGGUGACAUUAUUGCCAUCCUCAAACAUGCCAAACAGGUCUACCGACAGGUAAGGAAAAGGCUUAUGUAGAGUAUGCUCUUAUUCAGAGCCACUGGGAAUGCCUUGAAGAUCGACCAGUCUAUUGCGAUCGACAGGUUGGUAGACCACCGGUCUAGAGAAAUGAUGGGCUGAAAGAUACCAUCACUCCCUGUUGUAUCAUUAAUUUAAAGAGCUUUCGGCACAUCCUGGGAGCACUUUCUCCAAUGCAGCACUACAGCUCAUGCGAGAGAGAUAUGGUGCUUUGCCAAAAGACUUGCUGCUUUUAAUGCAGUUCUGACAGCAGUUACUCCAGUGCUGCCUGUCUCCCCCCUCCCCUUUCCCCUCUCCAGGACAUGUGCAAAAUGGCCACACAGGCCAUAACCUCAGGACAGUCCAGCGUUCAGACCGAACUCCGAAGAACUGCCAACACCCGUGAGUAUUUUAAUUCCAAAUCAAUGAACCGUUAUGAAUGUCAUACCAGUGAUUUGCCUUUUAUGUAGAGCUUUUCUCAAAGGGAUUAACACUGUGAUAAGUCACCCCUUCCACCACCAAUGAGUAGCAGCACCCACUUGGGUAAUUCUGUGCCAGAAUGCUCACCAUAUGUUUAUAAUCCUCUGCAGCCGCCACGCGUAUGAUUGCCAACGCCUUGAGCCACGACUCACCGCCAAGCACACCAGCCCAUCACCCUGACAACCGGGCAAUCUCUGUGACCGUGUCGAACAAACAGGCCAAGAGUGGCAAAGCAGGUAGCUACCCACCUGUUCCACCCUCUGUGUGGACUGGCCUUCUCUCACUCUAUCUGCUGUAGCAUGAGGCGCAAACUUCCUAGCAUAGAUGUGUCACACUGACUCUCUCCGUCUCCCUCCCACAAUAUCUCCCUUUUUCUUCUCUGCCUCUCUCUCUCUCCCCCCCAUCCCCAUCCUUUCUCUCUUUUUCCCAGUGCUGAGCCGGCCUGCUGACGAGGGGAACGGUCUGCCAGUGAAGCGUCGGCGUGUGACUGCAGAGAUGGAAGGCAAGUACAUCAUCAACAUGCCCAAAGGCACCACGGCACGCACCGCCCGAAUCCUGGCCCAGCAGGCCAAGAAAGGUAGGGCCUCACCUUCUGGCCAGGGUGAACCAAGAAGACUAAUCAUUCAACCUCCUUUAAUGCUCAUCCCACUAAUAUUAUGGACAGAUGCAUCUAAAGGAAAUGGGGCUUGGAAUGUCUUUCUCUUAACAUGAUAAAGAUUUCCCCUAUCCCUCACUAGAACCCACCAUCCCCCUUUUUCUGUGUGUCUCUUUACAUUUCUGUGUGUGACAGUAUAUUUCUCUUUUUAACUCUAUCUCUCUUACCCAUAAAAAGGGAACAAGCGGAUGUCUGUGUUUGAGCGACUGGGAGCCGAGUCCAAGGCAGAUACCACCACAGGCAGCAGCAAGGUGAGCCCUCUCUUUUGACACGUUACAUGUGUGUCUAAUGUGAGUGACAUUGAGUGUUAGGUAGAGCAUGGCCUCUCUGCUCUCAUGGUCCGUCUCUCUCCAGGCCACGGGUGUGUUCAGUCGUCUGGGCCGAGCAGACGGAGCGGAGGAGGAGCAGGGAACAGCAGGAAGGGUUGAUGGAGACGGAGCAGAGGAAGAGGAGGAUGGUAGAGAUGGAGAGGGUUCAGUCCUACAGUACGCUGGCGUCCUCAAGCGACUCCCUCCCUCCCAGAAGAAAGAGCCUGUGGCCCCCAGGCUGGCCCCCACCACCCUCCGCCGCCUAGGAGGGAAGUUCAAACUCCCCCCCACUGACUCUCCCUCCUCCUCUUCCUCCCCCGAUGGCCUCCCGCCUGCCAAGCUCAGCGUGCUUCAGAGGCUGGGCAAGCCCCCUGCCUCCCCACCGCCCACCGACACCCAGGACAGCCGGGUGACCAGCACCAGAAAUAAGGCCCGGCCAGGCCUGGCCCUGGCUAGCCCCAAGGUCAGCAGCAGCACCAGGGCUGGAGGAGGGGAGAGUUUUGGGGCUCAGAUGGACGUAGGGUCGGUCAAUGUCUUUAAGAGACUGGGCAGCAAGAGGACCUAA